AUGUUGAGAUCUAGACCUGACAAUAGGCUAUUCGGCCAGUUGCAUCGUCGGUUUUUGGCGACGGCAGCCCCUUCACAAGCCCAUAUUUUGGCAAAGUAUCCCAUUGGUCUCCUGGUGCAUGGCUUCACCAUCGAAGAUGUGCGUCCAGUGCCGGAGUUUUCGUUGGUUGCCGUUAAGUUAAAACAUCCCAGAACUGGGCUGGAACACUUGCAUUUAGACUCGCCUUCCGACAAAAACAAUGUGUUUUCUGUUGCCUUGAAAACAAACCCUCCAGACUGUUCCGGUGUGCCUCACAUCUUGGAACAUACGACGUUAUGUGGAUCAUACAAGUAUCCUGUAAGAGAUCCAUUCUUCAAGAUGUUGAAUCGUUCUCUCAGUAACUUUAUGAAUGCAAUGACUGGUCACGAUUACACGUUUUACCCAUUUGCAACUACCAACAGAAAGGACUUCGACAAUUUAAUGGAUGUAUACUUAUCGUCAGUGUUCGAGCCAUUGUUAACUUACGAAGACUUCCUGCAAGAGGGUUGGCGCUUGGAGCAGAGUGAUUUGGCUGAUAAAAACAGUCCUCUUGAGUUCAAGGGUGUGGUGUACAAUGAGAUGAAGGGCCAGUAUUCGAAUUCCAGUUAUCUCUACUGGAUCAAAUUCCAGGAGGCAGUAUACCCAUCGUUGAAAAACUCAGGUGGAGAUCCGGCAAAGAUUACCGACUUGCACUACGAGGACUUGGUGGAUUUCCACUCGUAUAACUACCAUCCAUCCAACGCUAAAACUUAUACUUAUGGAUCUUUCCACUUGAAUGAGCACUUGCAGAAGUUGAAUGAGUUCUACCAGAAUUUCGGAAGCCGCUCGUCGAGAAGAGAUGUUAAGAAAUCAAUUUUCCAGACCAUGCCAGAUGUAAAGUCUCAUAAUGUUGAAGUCACUGGACCUGUCGAUACCAUGACUUCCAAACCGAUUGAUGAGCAGUACAAAUCAUCCAUUACUUGGUUUUUAGGAAAUCCAUUGGAAGAAGACGCUCAAUAUGAGAUCUUCAAGUGGAAAGUGUUGAAUUCAUUGCUUUGCGACGGCCACAAUGCACCCUUUUAUCAGGAGUUGAUUGAAACUGGUUACGGAGAAGAUUUCUCGCCAAAUUCUGGUUUGGAUCAAACCACUGCGCUUUUGGGUUUCACGGUUGGUGUCAAUAACUUGACUUUGCAGAAAGUUGAGGAGCUUGAAAGCAAGAUCUUGAAUAUCUUAACUGAGAAGGUCCUUCCUGAACUUGCAAAGGGGGAUGCCUCUGUGUUCCACGAAAGAAUAGAGGCUAUCCUCCAUCAGUUAGAGUUGGGAUUCAAGAAGCACAGACCAGAAUUCGGCUUGGGCCUCUUGAACUCGAUCGUCCCCUCUUGGGUUAAUGGACUCGAACCUAUUAAGAAUUUGCAAGUGCAAAACAUCUUAACUAGGUUUAAGGAAGACUACGAAGCAAAUGGCUUGAAGCUUUUUGCAGAUAUCUUGAAAGACACAAUUCUAAAUGAGAAUACUCCAAAACUCACGUUCACCAUGAAGCCGGAAGCUGACUACAACGAACAGCUUGCUGAAGCAGAGACAGCAAAGCUCAAGAGCAAGGUUGAGAUUCUUACUGAGGAGGACAAAGACAUAAUAUUUAAGAGGGGUCAGGAACUUUUAGCUAAGCAACAGCAGCCAGCAGAUGUGUCCGUCCUACCAACUUUGACUAUGUACGAUAUCCCAAGAAAUGGUGAUUUCUACCCCUUGUCCUUCUCUGAUUUGGCCGGGAAUGGUGGAAAGAUCCAGAAAAGAGUUGUGGACACCAAUGGCUUGGUCUAUGUUAGCGCUGCCAAGAACAUUUCGUUCAUUCCUCACCGUCUUUACAAAUACUUACCGUUGUUCAACACCUGUUUGACCAACUUGGCUGGAACUGACACAACGCCUAUCACUGAAUUAGAGAAUAGAAUUCAGCAAACUACUGGAGGUAUUUCUUUUUCUGUCACUGCAAAGGCAGACCCAUACAACAUUGGUAAUGCGCAGAUUAAAUUUGUCAUGUCCGGAAUGGCACUCAGAGAAAAGUCCGACAACAUUUACAAUCUCUGGGAUGAAAUCUUGAACCGUACUAAGUUCACCGAAGAGGAGGCUGUUCUCGACAAGCUCAACACUUUAGUGAAGAACUUGGGCCAGAAUCAACUAAACAUGAUCGCAGAUAGGGGACACUCCUAUGCCAAUGCUUAUGGCAAUGCACAAUUAACUCCAGCUAAGCAAAUCAACGAUUUACUUGGGGGAGUGGAACAGGUUAAGCUUGUUAGUGAAUUGAACAAGAAAUUGGACGAACAAGGUAAGGAGUUCUUGAAACAAGAAGUGUUGCCAAUUUUGCAAGAACUCCAGCAAUUGAUCUCCAGAGGGUUCACAGAGACCGAAGCACAUGGUUUCAAUUACAGCAUUGUUACAGACAAGGAAGGAGUGAAAGAGAAUGAACAACUUAUUGAAGCAUUUGACAAAAAAUUGAGUGGCUCAACCCAGUCGCAUACUGAUCAAUUGUCUGAGUUCAUUGCCAGCUUUACUGCGCCAACCCCUAACAAGACUAUUUUGAAUUUGCCGUUCCAAGUAGGUUAUGCUUCGUUGGCUAAGUUAGGAUCAUCUUACACGUCAAGGGACGGUGCAGCGCUCCAGGUUUUGUCUCAGAUUUUGACAUACAAGCACUUGCACUCUGUUAUCAGAGAAGCCAAUGGAGCUUACGGAGGAGGGCUUAACUAUGACGGAUUGGGAGGUACUCUUAACUUCUACUCCUAUAGAGAUCCUAAUGCCAUCAAGUCUACUCAGGCUUUUGCUAAUGCUUACAGUGCAGCGAAGAAGAACCUCGCGGAUGGAAAAUGGGAGUCUAAGGAUUUGCAGGAGGCCAAGUUAGCGAUUUUCCAGAGCGUCGAUGCGCCUAGCCACAUUUCCAGCCAGGGUUCCGGUCUCUUCUUGGAGGGAAUAUCUGAUGAGAUGAGACAAGAGAGAAGAGAAAACUUCUUGGAUGUGAGCCUCCACGAUCUUCAACAUGUCAAUGAUAAAUACUUGGGAACCAACGAGCAGGAUGUCUACACUGUUAUAGGAGAUGCUGCUGUUUUGGGCGCCGAUUCAGAAUGGAAAGUGAAGGAUUUCUAA